ACAUCUCCAUAAAGGAAACCAAAUUCUAAAACAUUUAGGAAUGAGCUAGAUACCUUAUUGGUGUCAAAAGACAACGAAGCUCAACAAAGAUUUCCAUCUGGUAAUCAUUAUGAACACCUCGGAUAAGAACGAUGAUAAUGCCGAUUCCUUGGGCGAGGAGCAGGAUCAGGAGACCCGUCUAAUACUAGAUUCCAUCGAAAGCUUUGAUGAUGUCUGCAAGACAUACAGGCCAAUGAGUGCUCAUGACCUAAACAAUCAAAUCGCUAGUGAAAGCCCGAAGAGUGAUCAGGAAAAGGUUGAAAAGGCAUCAUCAGGGAGUAUUAAUACACCAAGACCAGAGAAACCUAAAUCUGAUUUGGAUUCAGACAGCGAUUUUACAGGGUUUCUAAGGCAGACGAAUCUUCAUUACUCACAAUAUCGCAUAGCCUCGGGUGAAGUGGACCAACAAAGAGGUCAGAAGAUGGAUUACCGAGACUACAGUUUCAGCGAAUAUCCUAUUUGCCGCCCUUCUAGUAGCUGGCAAUCUUCCGAUUCAAGUGGUUAUGACCUAAAGUCCACACUUUCUGGUGCACAAAAUCAGAGGGAGUCUCCAACCUGUUCAUUAGGGCGAAUGUCCCAAGACUCUGGCUAUUACAGUCAUGGACGCUCUAUGCCGGUUGUUGCUUCGGGAUCCGAUGAGACCAUUGUCAACCAACCUAGAGAGGCCGCCCAAACCCCCUUUGAGAGUCCUUGCUGCUCUAAGGAUUCCUGUGGCUGUUGCUAUCGGAUGCGAGAUCCUGGACAGCAAGCAGGCUGCAGCCAUGGCGAUCAGGGAAAUCCUGGCCAGGAGCAGCAGUUGAUGCCAGUUCCCAUGGGCAUUGAUCCAAGUACAGGAUUUCCGAUUUACGGUUACACGACACCUGGCAGUUAUCUUGACAAUGCAAUGUACUCCAUGCCAGUCAUGCAACAGAAUCAACAACAACGAGGAGGCGGUGGCCAGAAUAAUCUGGAUAUUGGCAGCACAUCGAAAGCUUCCUCAUCAUUAUCAUCUUCCGCUGAAAGUUGUCCACGAAACGUGACUAGUGUUCCAUCUAACCAGAGAGCAAACAGCGCCGACAUGGAAGCCUUUAUGCAAAAGUACCAGAAGAGUCUCCAGGAAUGCUAUGCCACUGCACAGCAAGGAAUUCAGCAAUCCUUUUCGAAUGCUCAGGCUCAGCAGUAUUUCAACAACUUUCCGCAGGCAACACAACAAGUUUAUAGCAAUCCCAAUGAAGGUCCCCAGCUAAUGUUUGCUACACCUAAUCAAGGAACUCAACAGUUUUAUGACAACUCCAAUCAAGCUUUUCAAGGUAUGCAACAGGCUUUCAGUUCUUCUCUGGGUGCUCAGCAGUACUACACCAGCUCCAUUCUAGGAGCUCAAUCCUACUUUCCCCCAUCGAUGGCAAUGCCAGCCUCUAAUUUCUUUGGUAAUAACAAUGGCUUUAUGGGCGAUUCUCUGCAGAACCAAACUGUUUAUUCCUCUGAUUACAAGCCAUUUGCCAACGAUGGAAACCAUUUCAACCACUUUCCCAAUGGCAUAGAUAUCGGCUUGGCUCCCGAGUCCUGUCCCAUCUAUGGUCCAGCUGGAGCAGCUGGCCUGGCUGAGAUGGGCACCGGUGGUCAGGUCUAUGGCAUGGGUGGUGGCUGUGAAAUGAACAUGAACUCGUAUCCUCUUAGUCAAAUGAGUUAUUCCAGUCCUUAUAGCUACGACAUGCCUGCCACUUCACCCAGUCAUAUUCCUGCAACAGGAAUGUCAAUGGCCAGUCCCCAAACUCAAACUGGCAAUAUGGGUGUUGGGAAUCCAGUGCAACAUGGCUGAAUGCCAAGAAAAACCUUAUUGUGACAAUCGACAAUGAUAUUGACUAGUAUUGACUAGAUUUAAAUAUGUUCAAAAAAUAAAGCCACAACAUACAAAA